GUCUCGAAAUUUGUGCUGACCGAAAUUCAAAAGGACCAUCAUGCUGCGCAAUUGGAACAGCUACUGCCGCUGGACGAUGAAGAAGGGGAGGAGAAUGAAUCAGGCGAGGCCAGGUUGUUUUGCCCGGUGAAAGUGCAAAUGCAGCUAGGCUUCGCACAAGACAAGAAGCAAUUCAGCAGUGGAGGGCAGAUGCCCCUUUGCGACAG